CCGAAAGAUCCCCCUACCCACCCCUCGCUCCUCCUUCGCCCACCUCGGUUGGACCGAAUUUGGACUGUUCCUGUCUCUGCCUCUGUCUCUUCGCUCCCCUUCUUCUGGUUUCGGCCGUCGCGGUUUGAAUCGGGGUCGUGCGCGCGCGGUGAGCUCCACGCGCUCUCCCCCCUUCUUCCUCCUCUUCCUCUCCCCCCACCGGCGACCCUCCUUCGAAUGUCGCUCCCGUUAGAUCCGCAUUCGAGGGGUUCCGUGAAGUCGAAGGGAUGAAGGUUUUUUGAUUCGGCGCUUGUUGGAAAUCGGUCAUCUUAUUGAGUGGUGGCCGAUGGGUGGCCAGAGGCGGAAUGACUCGUGGUUUAGUAGUUUGUGGCGGGCGUCGAGGAACAAGACAUCAGAGCCUGAGAAGGCAGUUGUUGGAAUAUUGGCUUUUGAGGUUGUGAGCAUGAUGUUGAAGGUGAUCAAAUUAUGGCAUUCUUCGACUGACAGAGAGUUUCGCAGGUUGAAAGACGAGGUUCAGUGCUCGAUUGGGCUUAGACACCUUGUAUCAGAAGACGAAGAUUACCUCGUGGAUCUUGCUUUGAGCGAGAUGAUGGAUGAUUUGGUGUAUGUAGCGAGGGCGGUGGUCAGGCUGGGGAUGCGAUGUACCGAUCCUGUGUUUCAUCGGCUUGAGCUUUUCCUCAAUGAUCCUGUACAAUACGAACUUGAAUGGUCUGGGUGGCAAUAUAAGUCGAAAAAGAUGGACCGGAAAGUGAAGAAGAUGGAAGGGUUUGUUGGGAUAAUGCUGCAGUUCGCACAAGAGCAAGAUGUGCUGGUAGAGCUUGAACAAACUCUUAGGACAAUGCGCGCCAAUACUGAGACUGAUCAGGUGAAGCUACUUGAAUUUCAGCAGAAGGUUAUGUGGCAGCGUCAGGAAGUGAAAAAUCUGCAGGAACUUUCUCCAUGGACCAAAACUUAUGAUUACGUAGUCCGGCUUCUAGCAAGGUCACUUUUCACAUUGAUAGAGAGGAUUAAGAAUCUAUUUGGGAAUGGUCAAGUGUCUUCUGCUGAGGCGAGUGAUUAUAACGGGGUGAAUUCUAAUAGUGUUUCUCGGACGCAGUCGUUUUCUGCUAUAAUGCAUUCUCCAGUCUAUCCAUCUGAGGACAAUCUAUGUGGGUUCUAUUCAGGGCCGCUCGGGAUGUCUUCAUCAAAGUCAGUACUGACAUCUGCUAGCAGGAAGAAACAACUAGCUCAUCACCGGUCUGGAUCCAUUCAGGCAAAUUUUUUGCAUUCAAAAUCAAAAAAAUUGGCUCCUGUUGGACCUUUUAAAGGAUGCAUGAAUGGCGGAAGCAAUUCGCCAGUUAUUGAAAGGCAUCGAGUGGCAUUUGGAGGCUCCAUGAGGGUAAGCGGUGUCUGCAAAGAUGAUAUUGAGAAGAUGGGCUGUUCUGAUAGGCGUUUUCAGCCUCAAAGCAAUAGAGUUUAUGCAAAACUCGCCCUUCUCUAUUCAAAGUGUGGAUCAAUCUCUGCCCCACCAUGUACUCUUGGAGAUGCUGCUUUAGCUUUCCACUACGCAAGAGUGAUAAUACUCAUUGAGAAGCUCGCUUCUGCGCCGCACUUGAUUAGCAUUGAUGCAAGAGAUGACUUGUACAAUAUGUUAUCAAAUUCCUUAAGAACAGUGCUGAGGGCCAGGCUGAGGUCUUAUGCUAGAAGUUUGGCUUCAUCGAUCUACGAUGCUUCCCUUGCGGCUCAAUGGAAUUUAUCUGUUGCGCAGAUGUUGGAAUGGCUGGCUCCUCUUGCUCAUAACACGAUUAAGUGGCAGUCUGAACGAAACAUUGAGAAGCAGCAUGAGGUCUCUGGAACAAGUGUACAUCUAGUACAGACUCUUUGCUUUGCCAAUCAAGCAAAAACUGAAACUGCUAUUGUCGAGCUGCUCGUCGGUCUCAACUAUCUUUCCAGGAUCAGUGGAGACAUGAAAGGAAGGUCUUUGGCCAGCUUCACUGGACAGAGAGCUUCCAAUGAUUACUUAGUUAAAAUGAAUGAGAUGGCUCUCGAUGUAAUUUAGGUCUUGAUUAACUAACAGACGAGCUAGAUUGAGUGGAUACCUCUUCAGUUGGUUUACUGGUGUACAUCAAACAUUUCUGUUGCCAUCAUGGAGAGAGGAUUCAGACAAACAAGGAGCCAUCUAGCUGCGCAUCGCAUGAACAUCUUUCUUGAGUUGGACCAAGGUUUUCAAUCUAGGUUUGCAGCUUUGGGAUACCAAAGCGAUUAAUCUGACCGUGGAGGUGCUUCUUUCAGUCUGAAAAACCGGUUUUCCUCUUGAUUGGUCAAACUUGUGGCCUGAAAUGGACUUUGGACACCAGCAUUCGUUUUAUUUGCGAGCCGGUAACUUUAGGUUGCAUGAUGUGGAAUAUGAGUAAGCACAUUCGGUACCAUGAAAUCGAAGGGCUUGCUGCUCGGCUUGGAUCCUGGUUGAAGGCAUUCCCUAUCUCUCUUAUAGAAUGUGUAAAAUAGUGCCGGAUAGAAGUAGGACAUAGGAGUUAUGACUAGAAUGCAGGCAUAGCUUGUGGGUCGUGCUUUCGUACAUAGCUUUCGGGUUACUCGCAAAUGUAACUUAGUUCUUAUCCCUGUAAAGCAGUUUUUCGAUA